AUGCUGAGAUUGAAAGAGCAAUUUCUCAUUGCUGGCUGUCGCAUUACUAGCUCGGUUUCAAAUGGAAUCGAUGCCAGUGGCACGUUCCAAUUUGAAUUCAAAGCGUUCGAAGCGAAUGGAGCAUUAAACGCCGGAAAAUGUUGUCCCGAUGGAGCUUACUCUGAUAUAACGAGUUGUACUUGUGAGGCGUACGUUCAUCUAUGCGUCGGUGUGCGAUCUAAUUACCAGCGAAACCAUCGUGAUUGUGCACUGAUACAUCAUAAUUCGAGAUCGAUCAUCCGCGAAAGCAAAAUGAUCGGUAUCUACAGUAUCUCUCUACCAUUCAAUGUGAGAUGGCCACAGAAGGUAACACUUAUAGCAAGCAGCUGA